ACCCCAUUCUCUCUCUCUCUCUCUCUCCCGUUUAGACUGAACUCUUCACUGUGAGAAAAUGGCUGUGACUAAUUGGACACUCUGCAUUGCUAGUGUUCUCUGUUUUCUGACGUCCGUUAACGCAAAAAUCUCCGGCAAUUACGCCGGCGGCCCCUGGACAACUGCCCACGCCACUUUCUAUGGAGGCUCUGAUGCCUCUGGCACCAUGGGUGGUGCUUGUGGAUAUGGGAAUCUGUACAGCCAAGGCUACGGAGUGAACAAUGCAGCACUGAGUACAGUACUUUUCAACAAUGGGCUGAGUUGCGGCGCUUGCUUUGAGCUUAAAUGUACUGACCAGAAAUGGUGCACCCCUGGGAACCCUUCCAUAUUAGUGACUGCUACAAAUUUCUGCCCACCAAACUACGCCUUGCCUAACGAUAAUGGAGGGUGGUGCAACCCACCUCGACCCCAUUUCGACCUCGCCAUGCCUAUGUUCCUCAAAAUUGCUGAGUACCGUGCUGGAAUUGUUCCUGUAAAUUACCGACGGGUACCAUGCAGAAAGCAAGGAGGAAUCAGAUUCACAGUCAACGGUUUUAAUUACUUUAACUUGGUAUUAGUGACAAAUGUGGCAGGAGCAGGGGAUAUUCAGAAGGUUUAUGUUAAAGGUACAAAAACCAAUUGGAUAGCAAUGAAUCGAAAUUGGGGUCAAAAUUGGCAAACCAAUGCUUUACUUGUUGGCCAAGCCCUUUCUUUUAGAGUCACGGCCAGUGAUCGACGCAGUUCUGCUUCUUAUGAUAUAGCACCAGCUAAUUGGCAAUUUGGUCAGACUUUCCAGGGUAAGAAUUUCCGGGUUUAAUUUCAAAAAAAAAAAAGGAUAAUAUUAUACUGACCUUAUAAAAGAAAAAAAAAUG